AUGAGAACUGCCCCGGAACCAGCGAGUAUCCACGACGUGGAUGAGGACGACAAUAUUCUCUUGCACAGCAAAAGAUCAGCAACUCGAGUCAUGAAGGGGCCGGCAAACUCGCCCCCCAGGAGCCAGAGCAGGAUCAAUUCCAGGACGUCGCAGAAAUGCAUUUUCGGCAAGUCGAUCUGCAGGGGCCCUAUCGAGAACAUGGUCAAGGAAUACGGUCUCAAUCGGGACUGUCCCCUCACGAUAUUCACCCGGAGCCAGGAUCAAAGCCGUGAGCGAAAUGAGGUCUCGGGGUACAGGUUCAGGAAAGUAUUUUUUACUGACGAAACGGAGAUCCUUAACCCGGAUGCGAUUUAUGACAGGGGUCGGUACGUGAGAUUGACUGCAUUCAUUGCUGAGAGAGAUGAGACGCACCCCGAUCCCAGGAUCUAUGUGGAACAGCGGGUUUACCAGGGCAACCGGGAGAUGAUUAUGAUCCACGAAUUGAUAUUUGGUGGCACGAUCCAAGUCGGGAUCGAGUACGUGUUUACAGCCUGCGGUGACGAGGAUAUCCACUUGGGGAAGCGCGACCUGAGACUCACCAUUAAGUCUCUACAGCAGGAUAUCUUUGACGGCUACAUGCAUCGCGCAAAAUAUUACGGCUACGAUCGCAGAGAUACUGUUUUCGUAAGCCAGUACUCGCUCUCGCAUGGGUUAACGUACACGAUACGAAAGCUCGGCAGUGGUGAAGAGUCUCCGUACAAGGUCUUUCUUGAAGCCGAUGAUCUCCGGACCCUCGUUGACGCGAAGUGCAAGAUGGGAUCUGCUGCUGGUGCUGUCCCUGGUAAAGGGAUUGAACUGCUUAAAUUGCGCUUUCCGGGAUACGGUGAAUAUACUGAAGACAGAAUGGAUAGGGGCGAUCUUGAUCUUCGGAUUGUGCAUAAGGUCUAA